CCGUGCGUGUGCUUUUCUGCGAGAGCGGGCGUUAUCGCGCCUCAAGGAGAUUCCGCCAUGAGGGUUUUUAUUUUUUGUUUCUUUUCCUUUUUGCGCGUCCUUCGCCGCUGCCAACUCCGCGGACUCUGCGCAUUCGACCGGUGAAGUAGCGACGGCGAAGUAGGCGUCAGCGGACACGGUGCGCCUUCGUUGUCGCCCCGCUGCAUUUCUUCCAUCGGGCUCGGCACAAGCGUGACCGCAUCGGCGCCUCUUCGAUCAGCGGCGAAAGUACCACCCUCGUGCAGAGGACGGACCCUUUCUUUGAGCAUCGCCUUGUGCAACGAGUGGGCCAGAUGGCCGGUCGAAUUUCACGGCGGCGGCGCUGAGUGUGUGCCUCGUUCCGCAAUCUCCGUGGGCAUUGCACUCGGCAGUGCGCGCGCGUCUCUCCGAAGAAGCCGGCCGAGGAAUAGAGCCGCGUUGGGUCAUCGCUCUCCCCACUGCGGUGAAUCGCUUUGAACCUCGUGCUGCCACUUCGUGGUCGACGACGGCUGUGCGGCGAACACGGCCCGUCGCUGUUCGCGACUCGACCGAGCCGUCUCGGCAGCAGCCAAAUCAUCGUUCGCCUGCGCGAAGCAUUUGUGCGGUGGCCGAUCGAAGAUUGCCUUAUCCGAUGCCACGGUGUUCGUUCCCUUCCAGCGAGCGCAGAUUAUCGUCUCCGCCUGCUGCACCGGCGUCGCGCUCUCCACACGACCACGCUUGACGUCGCGCUCGCCUCGACGCCGGCAAACGGCAGCAGCUGCUGACAGCGACACGCCCGCUCCUUCCCGGUGUCGGCGCUUUCCGCGGAGCGUCGUUCUGACGCGUGCCAGUGUGACCACGGCCUCCCUCCCGUGCUGGAAUGUGAGCGUGGCGUUUUCGGUGUUGUCAGAGGCGGUGCUUCUAGUACGUGACCAUAUUGCCACCCUCCGUGACAUCGCCGCUCUUCGAUCAUUGUGUGUUUUCCUCGCCAAGAUUUGGCACUGCUACGCCUUUUUCACGUGUGGCCGCGGUACCGUGGUCAACGCCUGCUCGUUGGAUGAAAGUGCCGUGCAAUUCUAGUGUCAAAAGAGCCACAUUUCUCGCCCUCUGGCGUGUUUCGGGCCGGUCUGGGCACGUCUGCAUGCAUGCCCCCUUGACGGCAGCCCGAGGCGCAUUGUUGCCGCCCUGACCCGUGGCAUCGUGUGAGUAGCGUGUGUGCAUUCCGCGUAGUGCCUUUCUUUGGAUACGGCGAUGGAGAAGUUCUUCCUGCGUGCCUUGGGCCGCUCGUACACGUACUGCUGUGCCGAGGCGACUCCUCCGCUUCCGGCUCCGCAGCAGCCACCGCCUCCUUCUUCCGGGCGGACGUCCGCCGGUAGCCGACGGUCGGCGGACGUCGCGGUGCUGCGCAGCAAGGCCUCCGCUAGGCACGCCAGGUCCUCGCCGAGAAAACGACAUUCAUUCGUCAACAGCCAGGAAUGGACGCUCAGUCGAUCUGUGCCCGACAUUCGCUUGGGCAUUGUGGGCAGCCUGACGAGCGGAAAGUCUGCCCUGGUUCAUCGCUACCUCACUGGUUCCUACAUGCAGGACGAGUCCCCAGAAGGUGGUCGCUUCAAGAAAGAGAUCGUGGUGGACGGCCACAGCUACCUGCUGCUCAUCCGAGACGAAGGUGGACCCCCCGAGCUGCAGUUCAGCUGCUGGGUGGACGCGGUGAUCUUCGUGUUCAGCCUGGAGAAUGAGGCCUCGUUCAGCGCAGUCUACAGCUACUACAUGCGAAUGGCCCACUUCCGGAACAACGCCGCCGACCUGCCGCUCAUACUCGUCGGGACGCAAGAUGCCAUCAGCGAGAGCAACCCGCGCGUCAUAGACGACUCGCGUGCGCGCAAGUUGGCCAGCGACCUCAAGCGGUGCACCUACUACGAGACCUGCGCCACCUACGGAUUCAACGUCGACAGGGUGUUUCAGGACGCUUGCCAGAGGAUUGUCCAGAUGCGCAUGGCUUCUGCGUUGACACCCAACAACUCCCGGCCGAGCACACCUGUCGGUGUUGGUGCCGGCAGAGUCACUGGCCACUUUGGUGUUUCCAGCAAUGGUUAUGCCCGGGAGCAGCAGACUGUGGUUCCCACAACCAAUGCCACAGCAACUCUGGUCAACAGCUACAAUGCCCUCCACGGUGGAGCUGUGAACACGCCAUCUGCAAAUGUCAACCAGACAUCGCUUAAGGAGAGCCACCUUCGCCAGAUUCGUGACUGCAUUGCCUCUGGCACCUCGGUACAGAGGGAGAUCCAGAAGUUCGAGAAGGGCACCCCGGCCACCAUACUGUCGCAGGCUUCUGAAUCCAUGCCACCACCGUCGGCACUGAGCGGCAACAAUCGCGACCGGCCAGAGUUUGUGACUCCCUGCUCGACCCCAACGACGGCACGGAAAACCCGUCGAAGGUCCAACUUGUUCACGCCCUUGAAAAAAACCGAUGACGAGAAGAGGCUUCGGAAUGGGGAGAUGGGAAGUGGCCGAGUGAUCCCCGUCAGACAGGGCUACCUGUACAAGAAGAGUGUCAAGGCUCUCAACAAGGAGUGGAAGAAGAAAUACGUGACCCUGACCAGCGAUGGGAGGCUCACCUACCACCCGAGUCUCCAUGACUACAUGGAUGAUGUUCAUGGGAAGGAGAUUCCCCUGAUGCACACCACAGUCAAGAUUCCCGGCCAGAAGCCAAGGGGUUCGAGAGCGGCUGGAUCCACAGCUCAGGUCAACGACUUGGCUUCAGACGUGGGCACCCUGUCCUUGGCUGGAGGCAUCCCUUACUUCAAGUAUAAGGAGCCCCGCGAGCGAGACUGCCUGGCCAGCUUUGACCCAGCUGAUGCUCAGCACAGCAAUGCUUUCUGCUCAGGGAUGCUGAAUGGCAGCGAGACGCAACUCAUCCCCGCUGUGCCAAACACCAACCCAAUGCUGUCUAAGCUGGAGACACCCAAUGUAAAGAAGCGACACCGACGCAUGAAAAGCACUGGUGCCAAGAAUUUCGAAGCCAUGGAAGACUCUGAUGGCUACGAGUUUAUCAUUGUAUCUCUGGACAACAAGCAGUGGCAGUUCGAGGCGUCCAACGGGGAUGAUAGGGAAGGUUGGGUCAGUGCCAUCGAGCAGCAAAUUCUCAGCAGUCUUCAGGGAAAUGAAAGCAGUAAAGCAAAGAGUCGCAUGAACAGCAUAGCAGACUCUGCAUCGUCGAUCCAGGCCAUUCGGACAAGUGUGCCUGGCAAUUCUCAUUGUGCCGACUGUGAUACACCACAGCCAGACUGGGCCAGCCUCAACCUUGGCACACUCAUCUGCAUUGAGUGCUCGGGCAUCCAUCGCAACCUGGGCUCCCAUAUCUCCAGGGUCCGCUCGCUAGACUUGGAUGACUGGCCGCCCGAGCAUGUGGCUGUGAUGAUGGCGCUAGGCAACAUGGCGUCCAACUGCAUCUGGGAAGGCAGUGCCGCUCGAAGUGGUUGCGCCAAGCCCGGCCCCCACUCGAGUCGCGAUGAGAAAGAGCGCUGGAUUCGAGCAAAGUACGAGCAGCGAGAGUUCCUGGCACCGCUGCCUUCUUCGAGUGGGCCCACCGCGCAACAGCUUCGCGAUGCUGUGUGCCGUGGGGACGUGAGACAAGUGGCACUGCUGCUAGCGCACGCGGCACCCCAUCAACACGAACUGGUCAACGCGCCGACGAGUGCUCGAGACUCGCGAACACCUCUUCACAUGGCUGCUGCAUUAGGGAAGCUGGCAAUGGUGCAGCUUCUACUGUGGAACAAUGCCAAUGCUAAAGCGGUGGACUCUGAAGGCAGGACCCCACUGGUGUAUGCAAAGAACUCCAACUUCACCGAGAUCUACGAGUUGCUACUGCACAGCGGAGGACCCGACCCGAACCAGCUGUCAACCACGCUGUCUCGGCGGAGGGGAAGCCUAUCCAAGCGAUCGGACGUCUUCGACAAGCUCCCAGCCAGCAUCAUCUAGAAGCCCAAAGACAGUUCCUUUUUCACCGACCAUCAUCUCAUUGCAUCACCCACUGCCCUCAAUCAUUAUUUUACAUCCUUCACUAUUUUGUGUUGUUACUCAUUGUUCUAUUUGCUGAGGAAUUGUGAAAUGACCUAAUAUAUUAGAGUCGCUUGUCUGUGCCGUGGGCAGACACUUGUCUCAUAUUCGCUUCAUCAGGCCUCAACUUUCGUUUUCCUUCUCUGCCAAUGAGCAACGUUUCCUAUCGGUCUACUUUCAGCUUUUAAUGGUUCUUGGACAGUGCUUGCUAUAAAGCAAGCAAGAUCUUAUUCUGCAUUGUUAACAGAGGAAAAAAAAGAUGCUAUGAUUAUCUGCCUGUAAUAGGCACUGGUGACACAUAAUUAGGCCUAUUUGAGACAACAGUAUUCUGGAAAUUGAAAGAAAAUGUGCUCGGAAUUGCUGUUGCUUCUUAGGUAUUAAAGAAGCUUUAAUGCCUAAAACGUUAUUGCUGUUCUCAACUUCGAAUAUAUUGCCUUUUUUAUUUCUUUCCUUUUAUUGCUCAGGCUCUUGUAGUUUCUUCACACAUUGUUUGUCUUUGCUGUGAAAUCAAACAGUUCCUGCCGAAGUAGCUAGUCCCAACUUUAAGAUUAAAUGUGUGUACUAGUUACUAGCUGUUUAGUGCCGCUGCAGCUCAAUCAAUAAACAGCUCGUGCGAAAUUAUGAAGAACAGCUUACAUUCUCAUAAGUGCAGACAAAUGUAGUGGCUAUUCUGCACAUAAUAUGGUACCAUUGAGAAAACAUAGCCACCUGUCAAGCUCCUUCGGUACCUUCUGUGUGCAUUUAUGAGAAUGCAAAUUGACUGUGUGCUCGGAAGUGGGCCUAAGCUGUAGUGAUGUGUCUCUCAGCCAAGCAGUGCGGCACAGUAGUGUGUGCAGCGCCAAAGCCCCAUGUGUGCUUGCGUGAAAGUGUGCUUGUUAGGGUCUCACAGAAGCUGUGCUCCUGUGUUCCCAUUGGUACAUCCGAAUGAAUGUAAGCAUUUUUAUUAUACAGUGCUGGAAUGCCAUGUAGAAAAUUGUUGCUCGUUGGAUCGCUGUGGUAUUCUUUUCUUUUACUACGGCACUUCCACGUGUUUGCCUCUUGAAUACUGCACACACUACUGACACUAACGUCGUGUCAAGAAAACACUACUCACCGUCCACAAGCUUAGUUUUCUAAUUGAGUCGUCCUCAACGAUGGUGACUGGCGGGUUUGACAAAAAGCACGAAACUGCGCUGGGAGAAUGCUUUACUCUAUAGUGCAGCAGACAGUUGAAGCGGACUGGUCGAGAUAGGGCUGUACCUGUGUAGUUUAACAUUUAAAACUAUUAUAUCUCCUGUUAACAGAAAGAAAAGCUUCGUCCUUGCCCUGCGCUGUUUGAUUGUUAUGACAACACACAGACAGUCUUGAGUGAUCCGCUGCCUUUUACGUGUCUGUCACAGUGAAGAACCACGAUUCGUGAAAUUGGUUAUGCGGAACUGGGGCGUGCAUUCAUUACCUAACGGUCUCUAAAAUAUGUAAAAUGAGCCUACAAGGAGUGCAAUUGCUGGAUUUGUCUGUCUUGUGCUUGUUGGGCUUAUCGUCGAGGUACACAAAUUAUGCCAUGAAAAUUUACCAAGCAACAAUUUUUAAAAUUUUUUAUGACUGACCUACUUAUUACAGAUUAUCCUUAUCGAGAAAAGGUCAGACAAUGAAAUGCAGCUUGCAUGUGGGUGUAACCUGUCUAAUCAGGAUAAUUAUAUAAAGGGUGUAUUUAUCAAUGAUAUCUCAGGCAACGUACAUUCAGACGUUAAUUUAUGGCUGCUUAAAAAUGAGCAAUAGUACUGAAAUGGUACUUUUUGAAAAAUUAUCUUUUUAUCUUGAGAGAAAACAAGUGCUCCUGUAUUAUUUCUUUGGCGUCUUGCUUUUGUAUUAUAUUUGCUGUGGUCAUUGCAGUAGCCCUUAAACAGUGUACAUAUGUUUCAAUAAUUUAAGCACUUGUUUAUAGCUUGGGGGGCUGCAAACUGCGUGUGUCCUCUGACUGCACCUCCUUUGUGUUCGGUGUUGCAGUGUUUUGGCAGGUUGUGGAAAUGUACAUAUACUGCAGAUGUCUAAUUUAAUUAUUUACGUACAGAUCAUGUUCAUUACUUUAAUGAUGGUUUUAUUUCUGUAUGUGUGUUGUUUUUUUGCUUCUAAGGCCAAGACAGCCAAGAAUUGCUUUGUACAGCCGAGAUUUUCAUGGAAGGACCCUUUUGAUUGUCCAUGCGUGCUGUUUAAUUUUUAACCCACCAUGUUUCCUUUUAAUGCUGGACAAUGUGGCUAGUUUUUUUCGUAAACAUUCCGUUUGCAUGUUCAUUGUUAUGAAAACAUUUGAGCAGCAUCAAGAUGCACUGUCUGGGAGGUGAGUUUUCAUACUUCUGUAAAUUUUCCAAUAUUCUAGUUAGAUGCACUUAGCCAAGUUGCGAGAUAUGUGAAAUCAACUGAAAUUCUUGUAUGUUCUGAUUGUGGCAUAACUUGAGGUUGAAUACUGUGUGGUUUCUCCCCAGUGUUGCUUGCUUUGUGAUGGUUGCUGAUGUACUUUGUUGUGGCUGGUCUCUAUGUUAUGUCCAGCAAGGGUGUAGUCAACCAAUUGCACGUUUAAAUUGACAAAAAAUGCUGUUGGCAUCGGCUGCUCUCUUUGCUUGCAAGGUGUGGCUGCUGUCAUGGCUGGAAGCAGUAUUUGUUUGUAGCAUUUUGUAAAUUUGUAAAGAAAAAUAGGAAA